UUCGACACUGACGUCACCACCAACCUGCGCAUGCGCAACCUGUGACACGGAAGCAAGCAUCAUGUCGAUAGAAGACCCGUUUUUCGUUGUGAAGGGGGAGGUGCAGAAGGCCCUGACCCGGGCCAGAGGCCUGUUUGAUAGAUGGGAGGAACUGCUGCAGGAUGGGACACAGGUGAGUCGGGACGAGCUGGACUGGAGCACCAACGAGCUGAGGAACUGUCUGAGAGCCAUCGACUGGGACCUGGAGGACCUCAGUGAGACCAUCAGCAUCGUGGAGUCGAACCCAGGUAAAUUCAGACUGGGAGACAAUGAACUUCAGGAGAGGAGAGAGUUUGUCGAGCGAACCAGGAAAGCCGUCCAGGAUAUGAAGGAUCAGCUGUCCAGUCCUUCAGCUGUGGCUCAGGCCGAGAAGAAAAGCAGACAGGCUCUGCUGGCGUCGUCCAGUCAGGACCGGUCGACGGGUCUGGAGGCUCACCUGGUGUCGGCCAACUCCAGAUACAUCCAGGAGCAACAGGAGCAACAGCAGCUGAUCAUGCAGGAACAGGACGAGCAGCUGGAGCUGGUGUCGGGCAGCAUCCGAGUCCUCAAAGACAUGUCAGGACGGAUCGGAGACGAGCUGGACGAACAGGCCGUGAUGCUGGGGGAUUUCGGAGACGAGAUGGACCAGACGUCGUCCCGCAUGGACUCGGUCCUGAAGAAGCUGGAGAAAGUGUCUCACAUGACCAGCAGUCGGAGACAGUGGUGCGCCAUCGGGGUCCUCAUCGCCAUCAUGAUCGUGGUCCUCAUCCUCUUCUUCGCUCUCUGACGUGGAUGACCUCUGACCUCUCCUCUCACACCCUCGACCCUGUCAGAUGGACAGAUGAAUGGACAGACAGAGGGACACGCCCCCUCCCUCCCCCCUCCCCCCUCCACUUUCACUCGUCCUCUCUUCGUCCUGCAGACACAAACCUGGACGUCUUGGUGGAUUCCUGGAUUGGCCCUCUGCAGACCGUCCCUCUGGCGGUGUCCUGUGUUUCAUUUUGGUCGGAAAUAAUGGUACUGCGUUGAACGUUACAGACAGGAGGAUGACGCCAGGUUCCAGGUUAGAAUAUUCACUGAUCAACCUGUGAAACUGCAUUUAAACGCUUCAGUGUUUUUGGGCUUUUUUUUUUUUCUAUUAUCUAAUGGAUAUAGCUCCAAAACCUCUAUGUACAAAAGUUUAUUUAACACUUUCCAAAGCAACUGAUGUGAAGUUUUAGUGUUAAAGUACAUCAAGAAGUGGUAAAGAUGAACAAAGGUGCCAUAAAUGUACAUAGAUUGACCAAUUAAAUCUGAUUGUUUUUUUUGUUUUUUUUGAACUGUAAAAUCACAAAAAGAACAGCAGCGACUUGUUUUAGAUGAAAAAAAAGGGGUUGGAUUCAGGGUUAGUGUUGCCUUAAGUCUAUUUUUAUAUGAAACGUGCAGUAAAUAUAUACAUAUAUAUAUAUAUAUAUGUAAAUGUGCCUACAUUAAAGUCGGGGUGGGAAAUGAGAAGAGCAGACGGGGUGGUUGCCAUAGAAACCAGCUGAUGCCCAAACGUAAACAGUCUGAGUCAUAAAAGGCGCCGAGGUGGUUUCUAUUGGCUGUCGAUUGGAGGCGGUUCAUUUCCUGCCCCGAUCGUGCUUGGUCUUGGCGAGGUGAAGUCAGGUCUUUGCCCCCGGUGCGUUGCCCCCCCCACCCCCCCCCCCACCCCACCCCCCGAGCCCACCCUGGUUGGCUGAGGCGCCGCUGUUCUCUGUGUGAUGACAGACGACCUUGGCUCCGAGCGAAUGGGCUGGUGUGCUUUAUGGAACAGCUUCAGUUAAUGACAGAGAACAGUUGCUGGGCAGGAAGUGUCGGCGCAGCCCACUCUCAGGCCUGCAGCGCCCUCUGCUGGACGCCGCCGCUCAUGGGAGUCUGUGUGUCUGGUGUCGGGUGGAUCUGUGUGAAUGAAUCCAACAGUCCGUGGACAUAAUUACUGUACAAAUGCUUUAUUCAGAUUCAUUAUGAAACCAGUGUGACCCUAAUGCAUUUAUACUCAUGGAUUUUUUUUUUUUUUUUUUUUUGUUAACUGAAGGGGUCAGAGGUCAGAUCGCUGGUGUUCGCUGCAGGUUGAGGUUCAGAAAUCGUCAUGUCUAAACCUCCGUUCAUUAUGUGUGCAUUUACAUAUCGUUAUCCUCAUAUUAGAGCUGUCUAACUCAGACACAAAUGGACCACAGUCUGUGGACCCGUUGAAUCCAGGUGUUUGUGUUCUAACAGGAGUCUGGGGUCCAAAACAAGAAGGGCUAAUGUCAGAAUACAGUUUUAUAUUAUG